AUGGCAAUCAUUGCUUGCACACUCUCCAUCUCCCCUUCCUCCUCUUCAUACUCCAAUAAUUUGCCAAAGCACACCAUCAAACCCACCUUCCAUCUUCUCAACAAACACACACUUCCUCAACCCCUUCAAAUCUCGAGCACCCUCUCUAGCUCCACUUUCGAACCAGCCAAACCUUCCACCACCCCAACAACAACACAACCUUUCCUUCCCUCAAUCAAAACCGACAACCUCAAAAAAGGUGCUGACAUACUCGUUGAGGCUCUCGAACGCCACGGUGUCACCGAUGUCUUUGCCUACCCAGGUGGUUGUUCCAUAGAUAUCCACCAAGCUCUCAAGCGCUCCAACAUCAUAAGAACCAUUCUCCCACGCCAUGAACAAGGUGGGGUGUUUGCAGCUGAAGGUUAUGCACGUUCCACUGCCCUUCCUGGAGUGUGUGUCACCACCUCUGGACCCGGUGCCACCAACCUUGUCACUGGACUCGCCAAUGCUAAGAUGGAUAGUGUGCCUCUUAUAGCAAUCACGGGUCAAGUCCAACGAAGAAUGAUUGGCACUGAUUCAUUUCAAGAGACCCCUAUUGUUGAGAUGUCAAAAUCUAUUACCAAGCAUAAUUAUCUUGUUUUGGAUGCUAAUGAUAUUCCUAAGGUCGUUAGCGAGGCCUUCUUCGUGGCCACUUCUGGACGGCCCGGCCCAGUUCUCAUCGACGUCCCCAAAGACAUCCAACAACAGCUUGCUGUUCCUAACUGGGACCAGCCCAUUAAGCUCACCGGCUAUAUUUCCAGGCUGCCCAAGGUUCCCAGCGAGGCCCAAUUGGAUCAGAUUCUGAGGUUAAUAAUGGAGGCCAAGAAACCGGUUUUGUACGUUGGGGGUGGUUGUUUGAACUCGAGCGUUGAGUUGAGGAGGUUUGUGGAACUCACUGGGAUCCCUGUUGCGAGUACGUUGAUGGGUCUUGGGGUUUACCCUAUUGGAGAUGAACAUUCCCUUCAAAUGUUGGGUAUGCAUGGCACUGUCUUUGCUAACUAUGCUGUUGAUAACAGUGAUUUGUUGCUUGCCUUUGGGGUAAGGUUUGAUGACCGCGUCACUGGGAAACUAGAGGCUUUUGCCAGCAGGGCUAAGAUUGUUCACAUUGAUAUUGAUUCUGCUGAGAUUGGGAAGAAUAAGCUGCCACACGUGUCGGUUUGUGCGGAUUUGAAAAUGGCUUUGGAGGGUAUCAAUAGGAUUUUGGAGAGUAAGGGUGUGAAGGGUAAGCUUGACCUUGAAGCUUGGAGAGAGGAGAUUAGUGUGCAGAAACGAAAGUUUCCAUUGAGUUAUAAGACGUUUGAGGAUGGUGUUAUUUGUCCUCAGUAUGCAAUUGAGGUUCUUGAUGAGUUGACAAAUGGAGAUGCUAUUAUUAGUACUGGGGUUGGACAGCAUCAAAUGUGGGCUGCACAGUUUUACAAGUACAAGAGGCCUAGGCAGUGGUUAACAUCAGGGGGUCUUGGUGCUAUGGGGUUUGGAUUGCCUGCUGCUAUUGGUGCUGCUGUUGCUAACCCUGAUGCAAUUGUGGUUGAUAUUGAUGGAUAUGGUAGUUUCAUUAUGAAUGUUCAGGAGUUGGCAACUAUUAGAGUGGAGAAUCUCCCUGUAAAGAUAUUGUUGCUGAAUAAUCAGCAUUUGGGUAUGGUGGUUCAGUGGGAGGAUCGGUUCUAUAAGUCCAAUAGAGCUCACACUUAUCUGGGAGACCCUUCUAGGGAGACAGAGAUAUUCCCAAACAUGCUUAAGUUUGCUGAUGCUUGUGGGAUACCUGCUGAACGUGUGACCCACAAAGGAGACUUAAGAGCAGCAAUACAGAAAAUGUUGGACACCCCUGGCCCUUACCUUCUUGACGCCAUUGUACCCCAUCAGGAGCAUGUCUUGCCAAUGAUUCCAAGUAAUGGAUGUUUCAAAGAUGUCAUAACUCAGGAAAAUGACAAAAGGAGUCGUUGA